AGUAACCAGCUAGCUGCAGAGAUAACAAGGCGAACUAACUAAUAUAUUGGAAACGUUUCUUUAUCGUUUGUAAAUAGCUGUUUUACACAGUGAGCAAAAAGACCGGUGGCAGAGUCUUUAGACGGCGCCUUUACGUGCUAGCUAAGUUAGCUAUUUACACGACCACAGGGAGCUAAUAGUUAAAAAGUUAGCUGGCUAAGCUAGCAAAGAAGAGGAGCAGUUACAAUAAGCAAGCUUCAGAUUGUACAAGAUGAGUGAGCAGCUGAAGUUCAUCGUUGAGCAACUUAACAAAGACCCAUUCAGGAAAAACUUCAACCUCAUUACGUUUGACUCUCUGGAGCCGAUGCAGCUGCUGCAGACUUUAAAUGAUGUUCUGGCUGAAAUAGACCCAAAGCAAGCUUUAGAUAUCCGUGAGGAGAUGCCAGAACAGACCGUGAAGAGGAUGUGUGCUCUGCUGGGGAUGCUGAAAUACAAACCUCCUGGCAGCCAAUCUGAUGUGAGCAGCUUCAGACAGGGCCUGGUGAUUGGCAGCAAGCCAGUGAUUCACCCUAUCCUCCAUUGGCUGCUACAGAGGGUUCCUGAGUUGAAGAAGAGGGCUUACUUGGCUCGCUUUCUAGUUAAACUUGAGGUGCCUGCAGAGUUCCUGCAGGAUGAUGUCAUCAAUGACACCUAUCACCAGUAUGAAGAGCUGGUGGAAGGAUUUAAGACGUAUCACAAGGAGUGUGAGCAGCUGAGGACUUCAGGCUUCUCCACAGCAGAAAUCAGGAGGGACAUAAGUGCAAUGGAGGAGGAGAAAGACCAGCUAAUCAAACGUGUGGAGAGGUUGAGGAAGAGGGUGGAGACAGUGUCCAACCAUCCACGGAUGCUGGAACAGGCCAGGCAGCUGCGAGUAGAGAAGGAGAGGGAGGAGGCACUGGCUCACCAGAAGCAAGAGCAGAAGAAUCAACUGUUCCAGGCAGAGCAGAGACUACAGAGAUCGCAGCAGCAGUUGAAGGAUAUGCGACAGGCAGCAGCAGAUGCUAAUCCAGAAAGCUUAAUGAAGAGACUGGAAGAGGAGAUCAAGAUCAACUCCUACAUGGUCUCUGAGAAACUUCCCAAAGAGCUGGAGGGCAUGAGGCAAACGGUGCAGUACCUACAGAAGGUGGCAUCAGAGCCUGCCAUGGGCCAGGCUGAUCUCCAGGAACUGGAGGACAAGAUCAAAGAAGUCGAUUCUCAGAUAAACCAGCUGAUUGAGAAGAAGAUGAUGAGAAACGAUCCCAUGGAUGACAAGCUGACUCUUUACAGGCAACAGGCUUCCAUCAUCAUUCAUAAGAAGGAGGGAAAGGCACAGCAGCUUCAGGAAGCAAGGGAGGGGCUGUCUGUAGCAGAGCGGGAGCUGAAGCACAGGAUCGACCAGAGAAGAGCAGAUGGAGACGGGGUCAACCUUGAAGAUGCGUUGAAACGUCUGGUGGCUAAAAUGCGAAGCAAGGGAACCGUGUUCAAGAAGAAACGCCAGGAAAUCGCUGAGCUGAGAGCUGAGUACGGAGUUCUUCAACGGACCGAGGACAUUCUCAAGAAGAGGCAUGAGACUGUCCAAGAGAGACUGCAAAUUGUGGAAGCUGAGAAGGGCAUCUCUGGCUACAGCAACACUCAGGAGGAGCUGGAGAGGGUGUCCGCCAUCAAAAGCGAGCUGGAUGAGAAGAAGGGCCGCACACUGGAUGACAUGUCUGAAAUGGUGAAGAAAUUAAACUCCAUGAUAGCGGAGAAGAAGACCGCUCUGACUCCAAUCAUCAAAGAACUGAGGUCACUGAGGCAGCGGUGUCAGGAGCUAAGCCCGGAAUAUGAUGAAAAGAAGAGACAAUAUGAAAGCUGUGCCGCCGGUCUGGAGAGCAACAGAUCGAAGUUGGAGCAGGAGGUGAAAGUGUUGAGAGAGGAGACGGCACAGGAGGAAAACCAAUACCAUCACAUCAACUGCAUGUCAGAGAUCAUUGAGAUGCAAAUACAGCGGGCGGCAGAAGAGAUGAAGGCCUAUGUGUCCUCUGAUCCGCAAGAGAGGAAAAAGGCCAUCAGGGAGGUGUACAUGAAGAAUAUCUCAGAGCAGGAGUUGCUUGGCAAGAAGUUGCGUGAGAAGCAGAAGACGGUGAGGGAGAGCCACAGUGCCAACAUGGAGCAGAUGAAGAUGUGGCGAGACCUGGAGCAGCUGAUGGAGUGCAAGAAGCAGUGCUUUGUUAGAGCUCAGAGCCAGGCGUCUAUUGGUCAGGUCAUCCAGGAGGGGGGAGAGGAUAGGCUGGUGCUGUGAAGAGAAUACAGAGUCAACCACAAGUCAACCUAUACAGGAUUCAACUUAAUGUUCUAUAGCUUUCUGUAGCAUUUCUAAAUGUUUUUACACUACAGAGUUGUUGUAUUUAAACUGUUACUGAACACCAAACUACAUUCAAAUACUUCACUUGACAAUUUAUCUUGUGUGAGGAGCACACCAGUAACAUCUGGUGACAACACACUUUGAGACGCUCAUCUUAAGGAACACAUGUGCCAGGAGGGGGGUUGCAGGAUAAAGGUUUUCACUUUCUCUGGUCCACUGGAGACUCCUUUUUGACACAUCUUCAACACUUUCAAUCAAAGUGUCCAAAGAUAACAGCGUUCAGAGUGGCGCACUUGGGAUGUGGCCGCGGUCAACUAUUUUUGGCAACGACGACCACGACCUUGGACUGCGUUUCUUGCCAAUUUUGGAAUUCACUGGGACCUCCGUUGUCCUGGACAGUGCUCAUGAAAUAGUCAUAUUAAUCUACUUUCUUCUAGUUUAUAUAACAACUUUGACUAUUAUCUACAACAGAUCCUUAUUUCAA